AAACAAACAGACUCCAUUUUGAGAAACGAACAGAGAGGAGAGGACGAGGAGACAGGGUGAGAGUUUACUCUAUUUUUGUUUUAAUGUCAAACUUUUUAUCUGUUUUAUCUGUUAAUGAAAAAUGAUUUACUGACUGAAACACUUAAAAACUGUAAAACAAAGAAACCUGAGCAGACAAAGAGCUGGAUCAGUUCUUCAUACAGAAACUGUGUACGUGCAGUUCUUCCUCCUCUUUGUUUAGACUUGUCUUUGUGGUAAAAAACAUAAAUCAGAAUCUUUUUAGCCUCUCAUUUCAACUUUAAUCCAGUCUCCUUAAGUUUUUCUGAGAGUUCAGGGACCUCACAGCUGAUUUUGUUUGGACCAUGAAUGAGACAAGGAUCAGAGAGAGGCCCUGCAGGGUGGGGAGACAUCAGAAGUUCUUAGAUAUUAAACCCAUAGACAUAUAUAAGAAAGGUUUAUAUACAUAUAUCUAUGAUUAAACCUGUAAAACUCUUAAAGAGGGGGAUGAAGCUGUUUUCAGACUCUGUACUUCCUUUCUGAUUCCUCUUUUAUUUUGAAACUCUCUCUUCCUGUUUGUGUCUCACCUGUUUGUCUACUUUGUCCUCAGGUUGUAGAACUCGGUUUCAUCUUCCAUAAAUUUGCACAAAAGAAGAUGGAGAAGAUGGUAUCAAGGAAGAGGAGGGCAGAGCAAAAGUCUGACAUGUUUGACUGUCUGUCUAUGAGGAGUGACCGGUCUAACCGUCAUCCUCUUAACUUCAGUAAAGAACCAGGACCCUCAGAUUCACAGUAAGAGAAACACUUUUCACCCUCCAAACUCAAACAACAACAGCGGAUGUUUCAAAAUCCGAACUUUAAAUCCUGACCCCUCUGUUUUCUCCUCUGCUCUGAAAACGCUGAUUUUCCUCUUGAACCUCCAACCUGGAGAAAGUAAAGAAAAAGUCACUGAGCUCAGAUUUACUUAUUAUUCCUGAUGUUGAUAAAAAUGAAGGUGGUAUAAAACAGCAUUAGAAAAGGAUCCUGACCUCUUGUAUUUUCUGAUUUGGUUCCUGUGUUUGGGACGUUUUGAGCCUGUUAGUCUUUGGACUGUGGUGUAUAGACCCCAGAAAACAGUCUGUGGGUCAGAAAAUACCAGAAGACCAAAGAAGAAAUAAAUCCUGAGAAAUAAAAACUCAUUCAGAGCAUCUGUCUGUUAUUAGACCUUUAGAUCUGAUUGUUAAAAAAUGUUUGAAACUGUCAGAGAAAAUCUCUCGACCUUCAAAAAUCACAGUUGAGUUUUUUCUCCUGUCUCCACACUUUGAGGCAGCAGCAGCUGAAUAUUUUACUGUUUUAUGUUAGAGAAAAGAGAAACUCUGGUUUAAUAAAUGUUUCUUAUUCUGAAUCUUUUAAACAUGAAAUAAUAAAGAAAAUAAAUGUUCUUUAUUUCCACAGAGAGACACAGAGAUGUGACUCUGUGGAGGAGCAGCUGUCCAGAUAUCUCAGCUCUGAUAGAGGUAAGUCUGAACAUCUGUCCUCUAAAGUCUGUGUGGAUGAAAACUCAGCUGACUGAUUUUCACAAAGACGUUUCAGUGUUGAGAAGUUUGGUUCAUUUUAUUUUUCUUCUCUUUCAGAAGAUGGUGGUCUGCAGGAGGUUUUAGAUGAACAUAAGAUCAGUCUGAAGAGGAGAUGUGAACGUGUGAAUGAAGGAAGUGAUGAAACAGGAAGUAGUCAAACCCUCCUCAACAGGAUCUUCACUGAGCUCUACAUCACAGAGGGACUGAGUGAAGAGGUGAACACCCAACAUGAGGUGAGACAGCUGGAGACAGCUUCAAAGAUGAAGACCCUCCAUGACACGCCCAUCAGGUGUCAUGAGAUCUUUCAAACCUUACCUGACCAACAGAAGAAGAAGGUCAUCAGAGUGGUUCUGACCAACGGCGUGGCUGGUGUUGGAAAAACCUUCUCAGUGCAGAAGUUCACUCUGGACUGGGCAGAGGGUUUGGAGAACCAAGACCUCCAUCUGGUGGUUCUGCUUUCAUUCAGGGAGCUGAACCUGAUCAGAGAUGAGCGCUUCAGUCUUCUGAGUCUGCUCCAUGUUUUCCAUCCAACACUAGAGAAGGUCACAGCAGAGACGCUGGCUGUCUGUAAACUUCUGUUCAUCUUUGACGGUCUGGAUGAAAGCAGACUGUCUCUGGAUUUCACAGACUCUGAGGUCCUGUCUGACGUCACACAGAAGUCUUCACUGAACGUUCUGAUAACAAACCUCAUCAAGGGGAACCUGCUCCCCUCAGCUCUCAUCUGGAUAACUUCUCGACCUGCAGCAGCCAAUCAGAUCCCUCCUUCACAGGUGGACAGGGUAACAGAAGUACGAGGCUUCACUGACGACCAGAAGGACAAGUACUUCAGGAAGAGGUUCAGAGAUGAAGAUCUGUCCAGAAGAAUCAUCUCACACAUCAAGUCCUCCAGGAGCCUCCACAUCAUGUGUCAGAUUCCGGUCUUCUGCUGGAUCACUGCGACAGUUCUGGAGGACAUGAUGAGCAGAGAGCAGAGAGGAGAGCUGCCCAAGACCCUGACUGACAUGUACUCACACUUCCUGCUGGUCCAGACUCAGAGGAAGAAGCAGAAGUAUGAAGGAGGACAUGAGACAAGUCCUCAGGCGCUGACUGAGGCUGACGGUGAAGUCCUCCUGAAGCUGGGGAGGCUGGCCUUUGAACAUCUGGAGAAAGGAGACAUCAUGUUCUACCAAGAAGACCUGGAGCGGUGUGGUCUGGAUGUCUCAGAGGCCUCGGUGUUCUCAGGAGUUUGUACAGAGAUCUUCAGAAGAGAGAGUGUGAUCUUCCAGAAAACUGUUUACUGUUUCGUUCAUCUGAGUGUUCAGGAGUUUCUGUCUGCAGUCUACAUGAUCCACAGUUUCACAAGCAGGAACACAGAAGCUCUGAAGACUUUUCUAAGAGGCAACGAAGAUGAAGACGAAGAUGAAGUCAAAAUGUUAUCUUAUUAUUAUAAACACAUGGAUUACAGUUUCUUAUUUCUGGAUGUCUUCCUGAAGAGAGUCAUGGAGAAAUCCCUUCUCAGUAAAAACGGUCACCUGGACCUGUUUGUUCGCUUCCUUCAUGGACUCUCUCUGGAGUCAAACCAGAGACUCUUAGGAGGUCUGCUGGGUCACACAGACAACAGUCCAGGAAUGAUCCAAAGAGUCAUCAAGAACCUGAAGGAGAUGAACAGUGAAGAUAUCUCUCCUGACAGAAGCAUCAACAUCUUCCACUGUCUGAUGGAGAUGAACGAUCUGUCAGUUCAUCAGGAGAUCCAAGAGUUCCUGAAGUCAGAGAACAGAUCAGGGAAGAGACUCUCAGAGAUCCACUGCUCUGCUCUGGCCUACAUGCUGCAGAUGUCAGAGGAGGUUCUGGAGGAGUUGAACUUAAAUAAGUAUAAAACAUCAGCCCAGGGACGACAGAGACUGAUCCCAGCUGUGAGGAACUGCAGAAAGGCUGAGUAAGUCCAGGUUUUAUUCUCAGAAUAGUGUAAAUGAUCCCUCUAGUUCUUCUAAUGUCCACGUUACUGAUGAUGUUCUUCUUCAGAUAGAAAUCCACUCAAAUAUCAGGGAGGGGGUUUCUUUAGCAAAAACCUGAUCCUGGUGUCUAAAGUCCUGUUAGCCCAGGAUGAGGUCUACCUGUGGACCCCUGAGAACUUGUCCUGAUUGUGGAGGACCUCUUUGUUUUGAAUCGUGUCUGUAAUGAAUAAAGUGGAACUUUGAGGACAAAUCAGCGACCAUAUCUGAGGACACACAGAGGUCUUCUGAUGAUGGUAUCAGUCCAGAUCAACAUCUCAGUCAGUUGUGGUGAACUUGAGUUUGAAGAAGGUGUCUGCAGCUUCUUCCUGCUGGUUUUCAGGUUGGAAAUGAUGAAUCUGUUGUAAAUGAGGGUGUUGACAGCAUUGAUGCUGAAAAUAGAACUGGAUCAUUUUCUACACAGUGGCAGAACUGUCUCUGUACCAUCAUGUUCAUCAUUCAAUAUUCAUCAUCAAUACAACCAUGAAAACUAACAUCAUUUUCCACCACUCACUGGAGAUUAUCUGCUGGACUAGAACAUAUGAAUGAUGAGAACACAGGAGUUAUUUGGACAGCAGCUCCAUGAGUCUGAAAACAAUGGUGGAGAUAGGAUGUUAAUGUCUCUCUCUCUCUCUCUCUCUCUCUCUCUCUCUCUCUCUCUCUCUCUCUCUCUCUCUCUCUCUCUCUCUCUCUCUCUCUCUCUCUCUCUCUCUCUCUCUCUCUCUCUCUCUCUCUCUCUCUCUCUCUCUCUCUCUCAACCCUAACUUUCACCUUCACCACAGCUCUUCAGGUUUAACUUUGUUUUUAUCGUUUAACUAUCAUGAAGUAUUGGACGAUAAUGUGCAGAGAGAGAGAGAGAGAGAGAGAGAGAGAGCACACAAAGACAGAGGUACAGUGGGUUAGGGUUGGGGGUCCCCUUCUCCAACCAGAACUCAAGAAUUCACUCAGUCAUAAUGAUCCAGCUGCACUAACAUGAAGACAACACUGUUAGAGAACAGAAGGACUAAAAUAAGUCAUGGAGUCAUUUGUCUUGAACAUCUGAACAGUUUUUUUUUCUUCUAAACUUUGACUUCCUGUCUUCUCUCAUGGCUGUGGUCCUGAUAUUAGUAUCUGUCUGGUUAAAAACAGGCCGUCUGUCAAACCAAAGAUCAUGUUUGUUUUUGGGGAAGAGAAACAUCAAAUUACCCUUUAAUGAAAUAUUGUUGAUAUUUAUGUUGUUACAGAUUUUGGUACUGUGGACUCUCAGAGACUCACUGUGAAGUUGUGGCCUCAGCUCUGAAGUCCAACCCCUCCCAUCUGAGACAUCUGAACCUGAGUUACAAUGAUCUGCAGGAUUCAGGAGUGAAGCUUCUCUCUGCAGGACUGGAGAGUCCAAACUGCAGACUGGAGACUCUGAUGUGAGACACCAUUUCCUUCUGAUCUAACAAUAAGAUGUGACAGCUGCUGCCUUAGAUUUUUCUCUGUGGUUUUUCCAUCAACUUUGGUCGAGCAGUUUGAAUUUGUCGUUGUAAAACUUCAACACAGGAAGAAAAAUCCGACAUUUCAGAGUUGACUUUGAGGAGAACGAUGGAUGUAGAAAGGAAGCAGGAGAAAAUCAGUCCCACAAAUAUUCAAUAAAAAAUUCCUCCAGAUUUUCCAAAAGUUUAGAGAUGAUUUUACAAAGUUCCUCCAGAUCAACUCUGAAAAAGUUCUUCUUCCAUGUCCUUCAGGGUUCAAGAACAUUGAAUCAUUAAAAACAGGAACAGUUUCUUCAGAGGUUCAAUUUUUGUAAAUAUCAACUUUUAGAUUUGGAGUUUUAGUCUUUAAAUUUCAGAGACAUUUUGAACAUAUUCAUGAGUUAAUAUUCAUGAAUUACAACCAUAUCAUACUGAUAUCAGACAGGAGUGUGACAGGUGUUUAUUAGUCUUUUUGACACGUUACAAUCAUGAGGAGAAAGUCAUGGACUAAACUUGGGCUCCCAGUUUCCUUGUUGUUGUUUCUUCAGCUAGCAUCAUUGUUUUCAUCACAGUUAUUAAAGUAAUAAUGAUGCUUCAUAAAUUCAGAGUCACAAAAAAACACCAAACAAACCAAAUCUGAAAAAAAUCCACUUUUUCAUCAAAUGAGUUUAAUCGGUCAGAACAUGAGGUUUGAGUUUUCAUGAGGAGGAAACGAGAAAGAUCUGCUCUGACAGUGAGAAACACAGACGCCUGAAUUUACACUGACAGACAGAGAGACAGACAGAGACACAGACACACAAAUACAGACAGAGACACAGACACACAAACACAGACAGAGAGACACAGACACAAACACAGACAGAGAGACAGACAGAGAGACACAAACACACAAACACAGACAGAGAGACAGACACACAAACACAGACACACAAACACAGACACACAAACACAGACAGAGACACAGACACACAAACACAGACAGAGACACAGACACACAAACACAGACAGAGAGACAGACACACAAACACAGACACACAAACACAGACAGAGACACAGACACACAAACACAGACACACAAACACAGAAAGAGAACACAAACACAGACACACAAACACAGACACACAGACACAGACACACAAACACAGACACACAAACACAGACACACAAACACAGACACACAAACACAGACACACAGAGAUGUUCCUCUUUGUCUCUUUGCUGUGAUGACUGAAGUCACAAAAACAAAGUUUUCUUCGUCACUUUUAUGAUUGAACCAAAGAAGUUAAAGAACCAAACUCUCAGAUUUUCUUCUUCUCAAUAUUAUUUGAACCAUUUAGAUUUUUCUCCUGAUCAAUAUUCAAUGAUCAGAUUGAUCAGGUUCCUGUUUUGGCUCCAGCCUGGUUGAGGGAGGUGGGCUCAGUGUCCUGGGUGACUCUCUCUGAGCUCUUCUUGGUUGAGAGUAUUUCUGGUUUGUCUCUGACUUCCAUGAACUCAGAUCUGGAGGAUUGCUGGCUGGUCCGGUCCAGUUCUGACAGUAGAGACAACACAGUCUGUUAUUCUGGGUUGAGUGUUCUUGUUGAAGAUCAGUGUACAGUGAGGGAUGAAGGCAGACAAAGAUCCUCCUGUUUCCUCCAUGUCACAGUUCAAGUUCAUUUUGAAGACUUUGAUUGAUCCGAGCGCUGAAGAGGAACAGGAAACGUGGAGUAGAGAGUGAGGGAGGACUUACAGCAAAGGAUCAUGGGAGUCCAACCAGUAACUGCUGCAACAAGGACUCCACCUUCUGAACACCUGAACCUCUAAUCUAAACCAGUGCUCCAUCACAGUUGAUGUCUUGUCUGUUAUUUUACAUGGAGGGUCAGAGCAGACCAGAUAAUGAGCUCUGACAGACUGGAUCUGGUCCAAAGGUCUCCUGUUGGAGUUCUCUAAGCUCCAUAUUUUAAACCUGAACACCUGAAGUUUGAUUAUUAAUUAUUUUUAUCUUCAUUCUCUUUCCUUUUUUCAGACUGUUGGACUGCAGUUUGUCAGAGAUCAGCUGUUCUUCUCUGGCCUCAGCUCUGAAGUCCAACCCCUCCCAUCUGAGACAUCUGGACCUGAGUCACAACAAUCUGCAGGAUUCAGGAGUGAAGCUUCUCUCUGCAGGACUGGAGAGUCCAAACUGCAGACUGGAGACUCUGGGGUCAGACUUUUUUCCUCCAUUCAAACAUGAUCAUGAUUUGUUUGUGAUGAUGACACUAAACUGCUGACUCAGGACUGAAAUACUGACCCAGACUGAACACCUUCAGUCCAGAGUAGAUUUUCUGCAUCAGUGGAUUAUUUGAUUGACUCCAGUUCGAUCACUGCUGAGCUCCAGUGAAUUAAAACCUGAACCCAAGAAGAAAACUCUUUGUAGAGUUCACAGUGAGAAGCACAUUCAGACAGAAAACAGAAGCAGGGGGAGAUUUGUCAGACGAGAACCAUUCACACUUUAGUUCAGGACAAGAUCAGGGAACAGAAAAAACUCAGAGUUUAGUUUCUGACUCUGAUGAAAGUCCAGCUCUGUUACUUUGAAUUUUGUUUUUGAAUCUUUGUGUGAAAAUCUGAAUUUUCUGGUUUAUCUUCACUUUUCUGAAGCCUUGCUGUGUUUAGACUGAAAUAUUUACCUCUCAAAGACGUGAUAUUUUUGGUUCAGCAAAGUGAAAAUAUUCUGAUCAUCCUUUAUUUCCCAUCCGUCCUGAAGUCGCUGACAUUUUCUGAAAAUAUUGAUCUGCAUCUACAAUCAGUAAAAAAAGUCUCUGAGUUUUUUAUUUCACUAUUUAAUGUGUUUUUGAAUUCACUGUUUCAAACUGACUUCCUGUUUGGUUCAGCUCUUUGGAGCGUCACUUUUCUGUGAUUCAGACUUUCCAAACCUUUCCCCUGAACUCUACAGAUUUAAGACAUCAGGUUUCAAACUGGAUCAUUUUUCUCUAAAAUCUCAUUAUUUCCUCUUUAUUUAGGUUGAUUCGCUGCAGUUUGACAAAGAUCAGCUGUUCUUCUCUGGCCUCAGCUCUGAAGUCCAACCCCUCCCAUCUGAAAACUCUGUGGCUGUAUGGAAACAAGCUGCAGGAUUCAGACGUGAAGCUGCUGUGUGAUCUUCAGAAGAGUCCAGACUACAGACUGGAGGAUCUGAAGUCAGUAUAGAGUUGGAGUUAGUCUGUGCUGAUCUCUCCUGUUCCUCUCCACACAGUAUCACAGCAGAUAUUCAGUAUUUCCUGCUGACUCUUCGACCCUCUCAGAGGAUUAUCUCUUUAGUGAAGCUGUGAGAACAGAAAUCAUCAAACCAGGAGUGUAAGAGUGUCAGUGAUGAAAAAAGUGUCUCCUCGUCUCUAUAUUUCAGAUCAAAUGUAGAAAUGAGACAUAAUGAAACAGAAAUGUUCAGUUUCUGCUCUGAAGUCCAGUUUAUAGUUCUCUGUAUUCAACACAGACUUUAUUUCUCUGCUAACUUGUUGAUUUUGAGCUCUAAGUCUGAAAACAGACAGCUGUUCUUUAUACUUGUUAUUUUCACAGCAGGUUUGUUCGAUCAGCUUUAACACAUUUGACAGGAAUGAUUUCUUUAUUUUGAUGAUGUUGGUUUAUUUGUGAGGAAACCUGCUGCUUUACACCAUCACUUCUGGUCUGAGCAGGACUGAGACCUGCUGGUCUGUAAACUGGAUGUUCUUCAGUCCAGCUGAUGAAGUGAGUCUCAGAGUGGAAACACUGAUCGUCUGUUUUUCUCUCCUCAGAUGGUAGUAACAUCUGUCAGAGUGAUGAAGAAGAGGAUCAUGUGUUUCCUGACGAUCAGAGAGGUGGAGGCAGCAUCAGUGAGGGUGAGGUGAGUCUCUGACUGAGAGACUGACUGACCAAUCACAGCGGGCGGAGAGGACUCUGGGAGCUGCACUUUGACCUGCUCUGAGAUCAGCUCAGGACCUGGACUCUGGAUAUUUGAUCUUUUCCCUCAUAUUCUGGGAUCAAACAGUCUGAACAGGUUUGUUUUGUUGAUGGAAACAUGAUCAUAAAUUUACACUUUGAUUGGAUUACUUUGUUUUUACCAUGAUGCAGCGCCACCCAGUGGAAAUAUAAAGAGGUGGAGUUGAUUUAUUCCCACAUGUUUCUGCAGCAGGAGUUGAUACCAUGUGUGACGUGUUCUUAAUUUUCUGAAAUGAUUGUAAAUGUUGAUUGGAGGUAGAUUGGCCAAGUCUCUGCAGGUGUAAAGCUUUAAUGCACAUUUUUGUUCUGUUUGAAAAGAAAAAAUCAGCAUAAAUAUCCAACCCUGAUAUCAAAAAUAUUGACAUACAUGUUUAAAAUGUUGAUAAAACCAGAAUUUGAUGGUUUCUAAAUGAUUAAAACUCUAUAUUUUGACGAUAAGAGUGCAACGACAACUGAAGAGUGGAGAAACUUUUCACUGGUGAGGUUUAUUUGGAACAAGUUAGUGAGGUGAGUGGGUUUAAAAAGGACUCAGAGAGGCUGAGUCUCUCAGGAGUCAACAUGAACAGGUUCAUCACUCUGUGAGAGACUGCGUGAGCUAAUAAUGAGACCAUUUAAAGAUCAUGUUCAGGAGUGUAAACUCACUAAGAACUGGUGGAUUUUAUCAUCUAGAGUUCAUAAUAUCAUUAAAAAGAGUCAGAGUGUAAUUUUCAGACCUUUAAGUAGAAAAACAGACACGACUCUGCAGUGGAAGUCACCACAUCCCUUCUAAACACCACAGUCAGUGAACAUGGUUUGUCUCUAUUAAAUCUAAUAUACGAUUCAUCGAGAUUCUGCCUUUAUCAACAUUUGACACAGCGUCCAAACUCUUGAGGAGUCGAGGUUGUAAUCAUGAAAGAUCUUUAUCCUUCAAAGUUUGGAAAAUCAUUCAUUUCUUUUCCAGAAUCUCUGUUCAACUGAUUUUCAUGGUUCACUUUUUAAAACUGGAUUUUUAUCAUGUCCCCCUUAUAUUGUGAUUCACAGCAAAACUUUUACUGUUCCGUGUCUUUUAUUAACGUUUAUUUGUGUUUAAACUCGUAUGUUCACUGUUCAUAAUGUUCCUAAAACAAGAAAUGCCCUGACCCGGAUUCAAAC